GUUUUACUUUUAAUGAUGGAAAGUGUCGGCUUGUAUAAAAGUGCUCGCAUCCGAACCAAGAGCAUCAAUCGCUUUUGUGUCUCUGAUUUGCUAACAGCAGCCACCAACAACCAACCCAAAACCACCAUGAAAUUCCAAGUCGCCUUUGUCUUCGCCGUCGUGGCUGUCUUCUCCGUCUUCGGACAGGAAUCCGCCGAGCAGGUCAGAGACAAGCGGGCCAUCUUCUUCAGCGACGCCGCCUACGGCUACGCCCCGGCCGCCUACGCCUCCGCCGCCUACGCUCCCGCCGCCUACGCUACCUACGCUGCCGCCCCUGCCGCCUACGUCGCCGCCGCUCCUGCCGCCUACGUCGCUGCAGCACCCGCCGCUGUCCCCGUUGCCGCCCCUCACACCAAGGUCGUCCACUCCGCCCCUGGCUCCUACGCCGAGUACCACUCUUUCGCCUAAGCCACUCUAUCGUGGACGAUGCCACCGAGUCUUCACUCUUUAAGCAAAAAACGCGUAACGCAAAUGGAAUUCCGUUGGCGAUACGUGGCUUUUAAGCCGACACCGAGGCGAUGCAACGGACGCUCUUAAAGUGCGGUCCGUGGUGAUUAUCAAUACCAACAGCGAUUGUGAUUUUGAUCUUCAGGUCAUGUUUCGUAGAUUGCCUGUAACAUCUGUUUAAUUUUGGUGACUCGUGGUGUACAAAUAAAACGUUUCAAAUUCAAUUAACCAA